UUGGCAUAUGCUUGCCAGUUCUACAAAUCCAAUCAUUUGUCCUGCCCUGUUCUGCUCCAACACAGUUCCACUUUUAUUUGUUUUGCUAGUUGUUAGAUGAAUAAAUACGGCACCUUUGUCCUGCCAUUUGUUUAUCAAGAACAGAAGAAUGCUUACAUCUUCCAUAUAUGUUUUGUAACAAUCCGUUUCCUCCUACAGGACGGUGUCCUCACGAACUCAGAUGUCUUUUGAUGCCACAACAAAGGAUUACCUCUGCUUUCUUCGGCGGGGCUGCCGCUGUCGCUUCUUCUGGUGCUCAAUAACAUCUCGGCAUUGGAUUUGAUAGUCACUGAAGUUCCCCUAAUGGAAAUGGCGCCACUCCCUCCUGGAUACCGGUUCCAACCGACCGAUGCUGAACUCAUCCUCUACUAUCUAAAGAGGAAGAUACUGGGUAAAAAGUUGCGCCCCAAUCCUGUUACAGAAAUCGAUAUCUACCAAUUCGCCCCCUGGGAUCUUCCAGGGAAAUCUUCAAUGCCAACUGGGGAUCUUCAGUGGUAUUUCUUUUGUACUUGCGGUCGGAAGUACCCUACCGGGUCAAGAACUAACCGGUCAAACCAAGCUGGGCACUGGAAAGCUACUGGAAAGGACAGGAAGGUGGUGUGUAAUUCUCGGACUGUUGGGAUGAAGAGGACCUUGGUGUUUCAUGCUGGCAAGGGACGCAAGGAGAAAAGAACUGACUGGGUCAUGCAUGAAUAUAGGCUGGUCGAAAGCGAAGUACCUAAUGCUGGUGUUAGACUGGACGAUUUCGUUCUCUGCAAAGUCUAUCAGAAAAGCGGUCCAGGUCCCAGGAUUGGGGAACAGUAUGGCGCUCCAUUAGAGGAAGAGGAAGAGGAAAUGAAUGAUGCAAAUGGGGAAGCUUACUGUUUAUCCCAUUCUUCCGCACCUGGACCAAGCCAUGGUGGUGUGUUGAACUUUGCGGGUCAAUCUGUUAGUGAUGGCGGCAGGGUUUCCUUGAGCCUUUUGUCAGCAAAUAACGGCAAGAGCUCCUCGAGUGGUGUCCGUCCUGACAGGGCUUCUCAUCCGGAUGUUAACUGGGACAGGAUACAUAUACAACAGUUAGCUGAUAUUCUGGGUUUUCUCUCUACGAAUCCUGUAGGCCAAGAUGGUCCACCGUCUGAUUCAACCGCUUACCAUGACACGGAAGCAUUGUUUGACGAUAGUGAAGCUAUAUUUGACAUAGCGGACCAAGUAGUGCCUUCUUCACUGGUUAGCCUCUGCAAGCAGUGUGACUCGUGCGGCGUGCGGCUGGUCGACCCUUUUCUGGAACCGGUGGCAGGAGAAGUGUACCUGGAGCUGAAUGACCUGCUGUUGUGUCAUGCCGGCCAUGUUCCACAUGGCAGCAGCCAUGAGGGCCCUCAACACUGGAUAAGACAACGUCCAUUUGUCCAUAGUAGCAGCGCGGCCAGUGGCACCGUAUCUGCAGCAGUUUCUGGGUAAGGGGUUUCCAUCUAGCUAGAAGAAGUGUGGGAUCUCAGGGGUAUGCUCGGCUGUCACUCGAGGCUUUCAUUAGUGGUUGUGCAUUAGUCAUCUGUCAAGUAAGUAAAGUGGGAGUCUGACAAGGUGUACUAGUCUAGUCAGUAGGUAGGUAGGUUUUUUUGGUCGGCAAUCGAAGGAUCUGCAACCCUUUUUUGUUGUGAGGAGGCAGAUAGAUAUGGAAGGGAUGAGGAGGAGAAGAUGUGAAUAUUCGGAGGGGAGCGGAGCGGAGGGCCCCUUCCCUUGAGUUUGUUAG